AAAUACACGUUAAAGUAAAUGUGCUGAGAACAAAUGACACAUGUAAAGAGCAUGAUAGCGGUAUUCCUGGCUUUUGUACAGUACAAUGCCAGUGUCAUGUAUUGUCAAUAAUUUCACAGAUGGGAGAAUAUUCUGGGCAAGAGCUGGAUUUCACCUUAGCUUUUGUGUACAAAAUCUGAUUGCAUCUGAUGGUUAUAAUCAAAUUACGUUUUAUUAAUACUAUAAAAUAAAAAUAAAUGUUACGUGAAUGUGCUGGUAGCAGGAUGAAUCUCUAUUAAUCAGCACAAUUACAUAAAUUAUUUUUGUGCACCGCAACUAAUCUCCUAUGAAUAAUCUGUAUUUGUGAGCAGGCAUUGUUUUUCUAGAACACAUGCUUCAGAUCAGAUCAAGCACCUCCCACUGUCGAAACAUGAAAAACAUGCCUUGGUCAAAGGUUGAGCUAACUUCCCCUGCAUUGCGCCCGAAAACAGCAUACUUCAAGUAUAAGCUUUGAAAGCUUUUGUUGCAGAAGAAUAUGUAUAUGACAUGGAAGGAAUAAAUGGAAGCCUUUGAAACAACAAUAUUUGCCUUGGAUUUCCUAUGUGGACAUUAAUACUUGUACUCACCAGUUCCUGCAAAAAAAAAGAAAAACUUUAGAGCUCUCUUCCGAGCCAUUUGAAUAUGCUUGAACCAAACCUGCAGUGAAGAAAACAAGACAGUUUUUCAGUUUUUAUCAGUCCAGAGACAUCAUGCAACUCUCUCGGGUAGAAACCUGCUUCCACACACAACCAGCUCUUCUUCUUCUGGUUGGGCUUCUGUGGGGCUUCCCGACACAGAGUCAUGCUGGCAAGAUCCUAGUUUACCCAGUGGAUGGAAGCCACUGGCUCAACAUGAACAUUCUCUUGAAGGAUCUCCAUCAGAGGGGCCACAGAAUAACAGUGGUCCGCUCAUCCACAAGCUGGUAUGUCCAUGAGCAAGCUCCUCACUACACCUCUGUUACUGUGACAGUCUCGGAGGCUAGUAACCUGGAGGACCCAGAUUACAUGGCCUCGUUCCUGAGGAGAAACCUGGAGAUUUGGACAAGAGAACGCUCAGUGUUUUCCUUCAUUGCUCUCCAAAAAGAGGCAAUUCAAUUAUUAAAGGAUGCCCAUCGUGCCAGUGCUGAAAUGGCCCAUUUGGUUAUACAGAACAAAGCUUUGGUAUCUAAACUAAAGGAAACAAACUUUGAUUUGAUGUUGACUGAUCCUGGAUUUGCAGGAGGAGUUAUAGUAGGAAAGUACUUAGAGCUACCAAUAGUGUUCAAUGUUCGCUGGAUCACCAAUGCAGAUGGACACUUUGCGAUUGCACCCUCACCACUGUCUUAUGUUCCAACUAUUGGAUCCCUGGUUUCAGAUAAGAUGAGCUUUGUCAAUAGACUGAAAAAUAUGUUGCAUUAUGGCAUUGGAUUGUACAUUGAUUACAUUGUAACAAGACCCCUCUACCAGGGAGUGUGUGAUAACUUCAUAGGCCUAAACUCCAAUAUUUACUCUCUUAUUCAGGGGGCUGAUCUCUGGCUAAUGCGUGUGGACUUUGUGUUUGAGUUUCCACGCCCAACAAUGCCCAAUGUGGUUUACAUAGGUGGGUUCCAGUGUAAGCCCUCUAAACCUUUGCCAGCAGAUAUAGAGGCAUUCGUGCAGAGUUCUGGGGAAUAUGGAGUAGUGGUAAUGUCUUUGGGGACUUUGCUAGGGAGCCUCCUUCCUGAAAUCUCAGAGAUAAUCGCAGCGGCUUUUGCUCGCCUGCCUCAGAAGGUAAUCUGGAGACACCUGGGAGAGAGGCCAUCUAAGCUAGGUAACAACACCAUGUUAGUAGACUGGCUACCUCAGAAUGAUCUGCUAGGCCAUCCUAAAACGAAAGCCUUUGUCACGCACGGUGGCACCAAUGGGAUUUAUGAGGCGAUCUACCACGGGGUUCCAAUGUUAGGGCUUCCCCUAAUUUUUGACCAGUUUGAUAACAUGGUGCGUCUGAAGUCCAGGGGGGUUGCCAAGGUUCUAGACGUGACAGCAUUAGAGGAGGAAACUCUGACACAGUCUCUAAGAGACAUCCUCAAUGAGAAGAUGCCCUACAGGAAAAAUAUGCUUAGAAUGUCAAAGCUACAUCAUGAUCAGCCUAUGAAACCAAUGGACAGUGCCCUCUUUUGGCUAGAAUAUGUUAUGAGGCACAAGGGGGCAUCACAUCUACGCACUGAGUCCUAUAAGAUGCCCUGGUACGCCUUCCACAACGUGGACGUGUUUGCACUCCUCCUCAGUAUUAUGGCCUGUCUACUGCUGUUGUUUGGCCUGACUUGUAAGAUAGUGAUUAAAGGUAUAAUCAGCAAGAAAAAAGUUAAAUUGCAGUAACUCCAGUAACUAUGUUCAAUAACAUUUCUGUGAACUAUCUAUCAUAUCUGUGAGUGUUUGAUUGAAAUCAACAUAAAAAAUGAUCUUACAUGUUUGAACACUGUACCUAUGGAGGACCAAAUCUGAAAGAAAUAAAGAAAUGCAUGAAAAUUAGUUAAUGCAUUUAGGAUGAACAUUAAAAAAUAAAUAUGUAUACAUAUAUUUGAUAUAUUUAUUUAUAAUUAUGGCAUGUUUGGUCAAUAUAUACCUUUAUGUGAAAUCAAGACAGUAUUGUUUCAAUACUGAUUAUAGAACAUUUUUAUUGAUUUUGAACAAAUUAAUUUUGAUUUGUACAAACAUUAGAUGUGCCAAUCAACUAUAACCAUGUACAUCUUCACGUAAUACCACAACCUCUUUCUUGGUCAACACAAAUAAAAUGAUUUAAAAGAACAUAAGGCGAGAGUAUGGGCAAACAAUGUGCUGCUGCAUUUCUUGCUUUCAUGUAAUUUCCUAAUUGGUGGGUCUAACUGCUUGCUACAGGAGAACAGUUGAAAUUAGUAUUGCUCCUUCCCAUCUGCUGUAUUUAAUUGACAAAAGGUAUCCAUCAACAGUUACAAUAGUUUACUAGAUAAUGGCAUUUAAAAGUUAGACUUUUUGACAGCCUAUUGAGUUAUCUACAGGUUACAGAAGUUGCAUUUCUUUUUUAUGUAUCUGGGGGUUAUCAUGACUUACAUGCAAUCUACUGACAGACGCUUAAAACAUAACCUAUAUAAUAGAUAC